UUUUUUUUUGAUACAUGACUUGAAAAUUUUGAGGAGUUUUGGAUCAUAGAUCGAUGAUGGCGAAGGACUCAAAAACUGGGGUGGUUGGUUCAACAAUUUCAAUGAUUUUCUUGCUUACAAUUGGUUUGCUUUAUGCUGCAUUCACCCCCAAUAUUAAUCCCUUUGAAACAUGGAUGCACACCAGAAAAGAUGAUAAAGUCAUUGGAGUGGAAGAGCCUCUCAAUUCUCUCUUCAUAAGACUAGUUAGAGGGGUAGAUCGAAUUCAACUCGAAACCACCGGGUUUUCUUGCCACUCCGACGUUCACUCGGAAGUGUGCGUGGCUAAUAGACCAGUUAUAGUUGACAAGAAUGCUUUAACAGUUUAUGUACCUUCAAAUGAAGCCCAAGUUGAAUACAAGGUUCAGCCAUAUGCAAGGAAAGAGGAUGGGACUGCAAUGAAGGCUGUCACACCAGUGCAAAUACUACAUGGAAACAUUAGUACUCCUCCGGCUUGCAAUUUUUCUUACAACAUCCCAGCUAUGAUAUUCUCUUCUGGUGGCUUCACCGGAAAUCUAUUUCACGAAUUCAAUGAGAUCAUCAUCCCCUUGUUCAUCAUGUCACGCCGCUUUCGAUCCCAGCUUCAGUUUGUCAUAACUGAUUUUAAGCCAUGGUGGGUUAGCAAGUACGAACGAAUUCUAUCAUCGUUGUCCAGUUAUGAUGUGAUAAAUUCAGUUCAGAAUGGAAGUGUUCACUGCUAUCCUGGAGCUGUCAUAGGCCUUAAGUUUCAUGACAACUUAGCGCUAAAUUCUUCCGACAUUCCAGGAGGGUACUCCAUGUUUGACUUCAAGCAAUUCCUAAGAGAAUCAUACAUGCUGAAAAUGCAGGAUGUCUCAAAUCAGAUGGGGGAAAAACCUGUGCUAGUUCUUAUAUCUCGUCGCAAAACAAGGAAGUUUUUGAAUGAAGAUAAGAUGGUGGAAAUGAUGGAAGAAUUAGGCUUUCAGGUUAUCGCUGCAACGCCUAACCAGACAUCUAAUUUGGACACAUUUUCAGGCUUAGUGAACUCUUGUAGCGUCAUGGUUGGGGCUCACGGUGCUGGCCUUACAAAUGCACUGUUCUUGCCAGCUGGGGCAGUGUUAGUGCAAGUGGUACCGCUGGGCCUAGAUUGGCCGUCAGCUAACUAUUAUGGUGGACCGGCGAGUGAAAUGGGGCUAAAUUACUUGGAAUACAAGAUUAAACCAGAGGAGAGUUCACUGAUUGAUGACUAUGGUCCAGAUCACCCAGUCAUCACGGAUCCCAUGUCUAUUUCCUUGAAGGGCUAUCGGGCUUUUAGGGCUGUGUACGUUGAUGGACAGAAUCUGAAGGUUAACAUGGUGAGGUUCCGAGAAACCCUCGCUGAAGCUCUAAAACUUGUUGGAGGCUCCACUCCUUCAAAUUAAAGAACCAAACAUUGUAGUACUUAGUAGAAUUCAACUGUUUGCAAAUAUGUAUCAAAUGUUGAUAGCCAUUUAUUGUAAGUAGCUUCCUGUCAGGCUCAAGUUCUAAGCAAUCAUAAUUGGGCAUGAAAACACAAUAAUUUCCUACAAUUGAUUGAAGGAGCCUCCAGCAUUCUCUGAUUUCAUUCCCAUGAAAUAAAUAAAUGCCUAUCAUCUAAAAACAAAAAUUGCAUAUCAAAAUGCUAAGUUGAUAAAAAAUUUGCACUAAUAAUAUUUGUAGGUCGAAGUUCACAUAGGCAAAAAAUUACUCCUCAAGAAAUAAAUCCACUAGCACCUUAAAUUUGGAAGUGGUGCUACAAUCAAGCAACAUGUUUUUACAUUUUCAAUCAUGUUCAUGCAUGAAUUUUCCAUCUCAUCUCAUAACUUCAUUCAUGAUCACACACAAAUGAAAUCAUGUGGUUAGCGCAACUUGAUGCCCUAAUCACCCACUAUCAUGUGUUCAUGACAUAAGACAUGAAGCGCAAGAAGGACCAAUUAACAACACAAGAAAAGAGAGUGAUAAAUUCAUCACCAUCAUUUCUCCUUCUCAACCUAUCCUGCCACCCUUAUCUUAAAACUCCAGUACUAUGCCAUCACCAUCACCCUUGGAAUGCCUGCCUCCAUAGUAAGUGAUAGAGAUCCUGUAUUUCUGAGUGCAUUUUGGAAGGAGUUCUUCAAACUCCAAGGUUCUAAACUUUGUUUAAGCUUUGGUUAUCACCCCCAAACUGAUGGGCAGACUGAGGUGCUCCAUAGGUGCUUAGAAACCUAUUUGAGGUGUUUUACCAAUGCUCACCCUAGGAAGUGGUUGCAUUGGCUUACAUGGGCUGAGUGGAGUUACAAUCGAGCAACAUGUUUUUACAUUUUCAAUCAUGUUCCUGCAUGAUUUUUCUACCUCGUCUCAUAACUUCAUUCAUGAUCACACACGAAUGAAAUCAUGUGAUUAGCGCGACUUGAUGCCCUAAUCACCCACCAUCAUGUGCUCAUGACAUAGGAUCUGAAGCGCAAGAAAGACCAAUUAACAACACAAGAAAAGAGAAGGAUAAAUUCAUCACCAUCAUUUCUCCUUCUUCUCAACCUAUCCUGCCACCCUCAUCUUCAAACACCAGUACUAUACCAUCACCAUCACCCUCCCCACCAUCAACACAACCACCCCCACCCCCUCCUUCUCUUCCCCCAACUUCUAUUCAUCUUGUGCAGACUAGAUCCAAAUCUGGGAUCUUUAAACCCAAAGUUUUCUCAGCCACUAAACAUCCUUACCGUCUCAUCUUUCUCUCGAUUAUAUACCUUCUACCUAUAUUCAAGCCUCUCGAUUAUAUACCUUCUACCUAUAUCUAGUUUUUUCUUAAUUCUAUGCUACCCAUAAAAAUAUCUCCUUAUCAUGGGUUGCGAAAUCUGGUACUGCACAUGAACAUAUAACAUGAUUAACAUUCAAUCCAUGACCAACAAUCUUAUUCAGUAAUGAACAUCAAACAAGGCCAUACAAACAAGCUCUUCAAAUUCCAAGAGGAAUCAAAAGUGGCCUGCAAACGUGGAAAUCAAUGGAAAUCAAGCGAAAGGCUACCCGAUAACUAAUUGAGAGCCCCUAUUAUACUCUAUAAGGCUAUUCUUUGUUAUAUGAAAGUAUUCCAGACAAGUUUCAACCAAAAAAAAAGUAUUCCAGACAAGAACCGACCACAGCAAAGAAAA